CCAAACUGGCCUUCUAGGGCUUCGCCAUUGCUUCUCUCAUUUCCCAUCUCUCAGCUUCUCCUCCUCAUUCGAGCCUGUACUCCGUGGGUUGUGCUGCUGCGUGGUCUGCUCUUCAGAUCGAGGACCACUGGAGAUAGCUCAGGUGCUGUGGCUCGAGUUUUGGCUCAAAUUUGGUCGAGUUUUUGCUGUAGUAGAUUUUUGGGAGAUAUUUUGAAGGGAGUUUUGUCUUUCUUUGUGUGUAAGAGUGCGAGAGAGAGAGGGGGCGAUAACCAGCAGGAAGGGAGGGAGUAAGUUAAGCAGACACCAUGAGUGUAGUAGGAUUAGAUGUGGGAAAUGAGAACUGCAUCGUAGGGGUAGCGAGGCAGAGGGGCAUCGAUGUGGUGCUUAAUGAUGAGUCGAAGCGGGAGACGCCCGGAAUGGUCUCGUUUGCGGAGAAGCAGCGUUUUUUAGGAGUUGCGGGGGCGGCUUCGGCGAUGAUGAACCCUAGGAACACGAUUUCGCAGAUCAAGCGGAUGAUAGGUCGUCCGUUUUCGGAUCCGGAAAUGCAGGAAGACUUGCGCUUGUUCCCCUUCUCGGUUACGGAGGGACCCGACGGCUUCCCGUUGAUCAAUGUUCAAUAUUUGGGCGAGCCCCGUCAGUUUACGCCCACGCAGGUUCUUGGCAUGCUGUUGUCCAAUUUGAAAUCUAUUGCCGAGAAAAACUUGGGGACGUCGGUGGUGGAUUGUGUGAUUGGUGUGCCGGUUUACUUCACGGAGCUGCAGAGGCGGGCUUAUUUGGAUGCUGCCCAGGUGGCGGGUCUUCAUCCCUUGAGGUUGAUGCACGAAACUACUGCGACGGCUUUGGCAUAUGGUAUCUACAAGACGGAUUUGUCGGAUACGGAUCCGAUCAAUGUGGCCUUCGUCGAUAUUGGUCAUGCUAGUAUGCAGGUAUGUAUUGCUGCUUUUAAGAAGGGACAGCUGAAGAUUUUAGGUCAUUCUUUUGAGAGGAGCCUCGGUGGCCGCGACUUCGACGAGGUAUUAUUUAAUCACUUUGCUACCAAGUUCAAGGAAGAAUACAGGAUAGAUGUGCCCUCGAGCGCCCGUGCCAGUCUCAGGCUUCGCUCUGGAUGCGAGAAGGCAAAGAAAAUUUUAAGUGCCAAUCCUAUUGCCCCUUUGAACAUUGAGUGUUUAAUGGACGAGAAGGAUGUGAAGGGUGUCAUCAAGCGUGAUGAAUUUGAGGAGUUGGCUAAACCUAUUUUGGAGAAGGUGAGAGGCCCCUGUGAGAGAGCUCUCGCUUCGUCGAAACUAAGCAUAGACAAGAUUUACGCCGUAGAAGUGGUGGGAUCCGGGUCUCGUGUGCCUGCAAUUUUGAAAAUUCUGAGCUCCGUGUUCGGGAAAGAGCCAAGCCGUACCAUGAAUGCGAGCGAGUGUAUUGCUCGAGGCUGCACCCUGCAGUGCGCAAUGCUGAGCCCCACGUUCCGUGUUCGCGAUUUUGAGGUUCAGGAUUCAUUCCCCUUUGCUAUUGGGCUUUCGUGGAAAGGAGCGGCCCCUGAGACGGAUGGUGAAGAGGAGGUUUCAUCUAAUAACAUCGUGUUUGUGAAAGGCAACCCUGUCCCCAGCACCAAGUUGUUAACCUUUUACAGGUCGAGUACGUUCUCAAUUGAUGCAUUUUAUGCUGAAACUAGCGAAUUGCCACCUAACAUGAGCCUGAGGAUCGCUACGUUUACUAUUGGUCCAUUCACCCCAACUGUAGCAGAAAAGGCUAAGAUCAAAGUUAAGAUUAGGCUCAAUUUGCACGGAGUUGUGUCAUUGGAAGCUGCUACUAUGAUUGAAGAAGAGGAGGUUGAAGUGCCAGUCACGAAGAAGGAUAUAUCUAAGGAUGAUUCUGGUGAGAAGGCAUCGGCUCCGACUGAUGACAAGCCUGAAGAUGCGGCAGGUGUAGAUAGUUCUUCAACAGAGGGACCCGUUAAAAUGGAAACUGAAGCACCAAAAGCUGAAGUGAAGAAGAAGACAAAGAGGACAGAUGUACCUGUGCACGAGGUGAUUUAUGGUGGUCUUCCACAGCCUGAAUUAACGAAGGCUGUGGAGAAAGAGUAUGAGAUGGCAUUACAGGAUCGCGUUAUGGAGGAGACCAAGGAGAGCAAGAAUGCUGUCGAGGCAUAUGUGUACAGCAUGAGAAACAAGUUGUACGAGAAACUACAAUCCUACGUUACAGAAUUCGAACGUGAAGAAAUGUCAGCUAGGCUGCAAGAAACUGAAGAUUGGUUGUAUGAAGAUGGAGAGGAUGAAAUUAAGAGCGUUUAUACUGCGAAGCUUGCAGAACUUAAAAAGCUUGGUGACCCACUCGAAACUAGGCAAAGAGAGGAAGAGCUGAGGGGUCCCGCUUAUAGGGAUCUGAUUUAUUGCAUCGCCAGUUUCCGUGAUGCUGCUCAAAGCAAGGACCCCAAGUUUGACCACAUUGAUGCUGCUGACAAAGAGAAGGUGAUCAGCGAGUGCAACAAGGCAGAAGAGUGGUUCAAAGACAAGAAGCAGCAACAAGAUGCCCUUCCCAAGUGUGCGAACCCCGUCCUACUCACAUCUGAAGUGAAGAAGAAGACCGAGGUUCUUGAUAGAUUUUGCAAGCCAGUCAUGACUAAGCCAAGGCCUGCGCCACCCAAGCCUGCACCUACUGCAGAGCCUAAAUCCGCUCCAGCUGAACAAGCCCCAACUGGUGGAGAUGCCUCCGCCCCUGAGCCAAUGGAUACCGAUGCCCCAGCCUCAGCCCCCGAGCCGGAAACUAUGCAGACCGAGUAGUAUAUAGCAUAGAAAUAGGAUAUUUCAUGAUUAGUACUACGUAUUAUGAGUAAGUACAGACAUUCUCACAGCCUAAACCUAGGCAAGGGACAUUAAGUGCAACGACUAUCUAAUUUUUUGAGGCGUAAAGCUUUACAGUCAGGACGGUUUUUGCUCAUUCUGCUCCCUAUACCUCAGAUUGACGCGUCCAGCUGCCUGCAGGCAUUCUAAUCUUGACAAAGCUGUGUGAUUCUGUUCUUUCUAUCAUUUUUGUGUCAUACUGUACCCUCAUAAGUUUCUGAAAGGAUUCAUUCCGCUUAUUGGAUUAUAGGAUUCUUUUCCAUGUUAAUUUCUGCUGCCCCUGGUUUGGCAGGUUGGUGGUAUUUGCACGAGCAGCAGUUGCGGUGGCGAAGAGUUUCGUGCCAAGCUGUAAUGGGUUGUCCUAUGCCAACCACCUUUGUACUUCACCUUGUGGUGAUCUGUCGUGACUACAUUUUUUUUUAAUAUAUCUCCUAGUUUAUGUAA